AACAUUUUUACAAAUUAAUUAAGUAUUAAGCUAUUGUCAGCGAGACGUCAGCUGUGACUUAAUUUUCCAAACGAAAACUUCAAAUUUACCGAAUGACCUGCGAGUUCGUGUGUCGCGCACCGCGUAACUUUAUCACCGUAAUCAAAUGAGAUAUCAAUGCGCUCGUCAGUGAGCUACAUAUUGUCUCACGCGCCAGGAGAGUCGGUGAUGUCGCACCCUGACUACGCGCAGCACGCCCAGCACCAUGCCUGCCUGCUGGUGCUGGUCAAAGGCAUCGGGGGCAUGCUCAAAAACUUCAACAAACUUUGGGAGAGGAUACAGAAAGUCAACAAUAUAAAAGUUACUGAUUCCUCAGGACAAGUUAGAGAUAUCUGGGUGAGGUAUGUCCGGGAUUACCCAGUGGAAAACAAUGACUGGGGUGACUUUCAAACACAUAGGCGGUUGCUAGGCCUAAUUACUCUUAGUAAGUUCACAAACCAAGUGGAAUUGAAUGAAGUGUGCCGAGUCCAUGAAUCUCUCAAGGUGAAGUAUUCCAACACCUUGUACGACUCGAGAGCCUUCAUGUUUGGCCCCGGGAGCAACUUGAAGAAGCCCGAGCAAGAGCCAGAGACGUACAGCUAUGAAGAAGAUAAAGUUUCCAAAGAAGGCAGCAGUUUGAGUGACAAGUAUUCUCUGCCCAGUGAACCAGCAGACAGUUUAUCAUCUUCUGAAAGUUUCCCACAUUCAGCUUCGUCUACUGCAUCAUUUCCUGUCCAAGAAGAGAAUUUCACCACACCAUCAAACUUUAAAACACAUGCUAUGUUUUACGGCGAAAAUGACCCAGUGCCUGACUUAGAGCAGAAUGUAGCAGAUCUCAUAAAUUCUCUAUUCUGGGUGGUAGAAUCUAAGAGGCUGGAGAGAUCUAGAGAAAAGCUUGAGAAAGUAUCCCUACUUUUGGCUCCUUUUGAAAAGAAGGACUUUGUUGGCCUUGAUAUGGAGUCCCGCAAUAAUAAAAAGCGUUGCAUGGGACGCGUGACGAAGAAUCUCGCCGAUUUAACUUUGCAAUCUGGUCUGGUCGCUGAUAGUCUUGGCUUAUACCAUAAUUCGGCGGAAAUUCUAAAGUCCGUGAACGACUGGCUUUGGCUGGCAGCUGCUAAAGAAGGACUCUGCGCCGCUUCUGCAAUUCUUCUUUACCCAAACUUGCGGAAUACAACGCCCCUACAGAGAAAUGCUAGUCUUCAAGAGAAUUCUCCUAAUAAAACAAAACCACUUUCAUUGUUCCAACCAAACAUCGAUCCAUUUCGAAAAUAUAAAGCCACCUCAUCACCUCUUAGAUCUUCAAAGAACUCUAGUCCUAUUAACCCACCCAGUGAACUGACGCCUUCGUCUUCAGAUAGCAUCGACACAUCUUCUAGACAAUCAGAGACUGAUAAUGCUGAUUCCGAAUCUCUAGCAUCAUCCAGUGACAUCGAAUACCAAAGUCAGAAGUCGUUUUACACUUCCGACCAUCCUUCGAUUCCCAGACAACCGGUGACUCAAAUCAAUAACCAGUACCUUUUGAAUGGAGAAGAAAUAGCUGAGAAGUAUCGUAAAGCGAUCAUACACUACAGCAAGUAUCAGAACGCUGGUAUAAUCGAGACUGAGGCGUGCUUCAAAGCCGCUAGGAUCGCGGUAGAGCAGAACAAUAGUCUGCACGCGUCCAGUUUUUUGCAGAACGUUAUUUUUAUCAACUUGACUUUAAGUGAACAGGAGAAGAUACAAAGAUUUGACACACUUGCUGAGCUAUACAAAGAGAUAGGGUUCCUCCGCAAGGCAGCAUUCUGCCAGCGCCUCGCGGCCACUCGGCAAGUGAGCCCGAACAACCCCAAUCCGGACUGGCAGCGCUGCUACUACCUCAUGCUGCACAGCUUCCCGGGGCACAGGCUGAGCCUCGACCCUAACUACGUCAUACAGCACCAAGUUGGUUGGCCAGCGCUGCAAAUCCAGUUGCUCCAAGAGUUGGUGGUGGCCGCGCGACGCAUGGGACACCCCGCUCUAGCCACGAGACACAUGACCUUCCUGCUGCAGACCAUGUGGCCGCACCUGGCGCGCCAGGAGCACCGGGACCUGGCCAUCCAGCUGCAGGCCCUCUCAGCGCAGUGCGAAGGCGGCCCGGUGCCCUUAGUCCUGGAGACAGGCGAGGUGAUCCCGCCAGCUAACCUCACGCACGUGCCGCACUGCUCGUGGUUCAGCCCGAGGCCUCUGCCGCCGCCGCGCGCGCCGACACUCGUCAAGUGCAAGACGCAGACCGGGCCCUUCAUCUUCACGCCGAUACACUUCGGCACGCUGGAGCGGAAGACGAAGAAGGAUGAGGGGAAAAUGGAGUACCUAUGGGUCGAGGACGACAUCUGCGAGGUUCAAAUGAAGCUAACAAAUCCUCUGCCAUUCGAGCUGAAAGUCUCCAACAUGCGGCUCUUGACCUCCGGCGUGGUCUUCGAGUCUAUCCCAGAGACAAUAAUCCUCCCACCGGAUUCACCGACCACAGUCAACCUCCACGGCACGCCCAAAGAAGUCGGCGAACUUCAGAUCCUGGGCUAUUCGACUCACACUUUAGGAGUCAAGUCAAACUGUAGGCUCAAAAACAUGCCGAUGCCGAACAAAUUCCCAGCAUCUUUUACCAUCGAAGUGAUUCCCAGCCUGCCCACUAUAACUAUCGAAACAACAGUAGCGCCUUCUGGUAGCGUAAGCUUGUCGAGUCUCGAGAACAUUGGCAGCACUACAAACAUUUCACUGCACAACGGAGAAAGCACAGAGUGCACUAUGAAGAUUACGAACACUAGUAACGUGCCUAUCGAAUACCUUGACAUAGCUAUCCAGUCUAACAUGGAUAGCCAACUCCAAUCAAAAGUGUUCCAAUUCUCGACCGAAGAUAUCAAGGCUCAGUUACCGAUCCCUCCAGAUGAGACUGCAACCAUCGUAAUGAAACUGUAUGGGGAGGCUGACUUCCUUGACCUAGGCGGAGUAGGCGGCGAGAAUCUGUUUCCGAACAGCCUCACUUCAAACUACCCUUCGAGGGUUGGCUCACCAGUACCAAAUGCACAAACAUCUCUGCCAACGCAGAGUUCCAAUCCGCAAACUUCGUUGAGCAGUGGACUGAUGGCCAACAGGACUUCUGGGAGCUUUAGAUCAACCAAUUCUCAUACUACAAGCUGGUCGGCUCCGAUCUCAGUCAUGCCACCGUCUAGAGGCCGACAAAUCGAAACUCAAGUAAUAAUUAGGUAUUCAGGAGGCGCCGGCAAAGAGCUUCAUUGUCGCCAGUCAACGCUUCAAAUCAACUUGGAGUUGUUGCCUAGUGUUUCUAUCACUCAUUGGGACGUGCUGCCUGCAGAGAUCCCAACCCAACUGUACCUGGUGCUAGACGUGACGAACCUGACCGGCGAAGAAAUGGAGUUCCACUACGCGCCCGGCAAGCACAUCCUGGUGGAGAGCAAGGAGUCCUGCCGCGUGCCCGUGCCGCUCGACCGCUGCCCCUUCAGCGCCACGCCGCCCAAGCUGGACGACGAAACUGCCGAAUCAAAGUCCACUGCCACCGGCACGUCGACCAACAGCCUGGAGCUCAUGUGCUCGGAGCACAUCACCAACCACGUGGCGCUGCGCUGGCGCCUCACGACCAGCGGCGCGGGCGGGCGCGCCUGCGUGCGCGGCAUCACGCUCUCGCAGGCCAUGAUGGACAUCGUGCGGAUGUCGCCGCUCAACUGGGAGGUGAGCGUGAACCAGCAAGUGAUAGCUCCGCAGCAGGAGCUUCGCUGCGCGGCGGGCGAGUGCGUUGCUUUAGGAGUGCGCGUGCGCAACCGCCUGCCGCGCGCGCUGGCCCGCCUGCGGCUCUCCGUGCAGCUCUACCAGGACUACAACAACGGCGCGCUCAGCUACCGCCUCGACAGCCGGGUCGCGGCCGCCGGGAACAACAAAGUCGUAUUACCUACUCUCCCAGAAUCGGCAAAGGCGUAUCACGAAUGUACGGUAGUAUUCCUUACUCCUGGGGAAUACAAGAUCGACAUACAAUGCUCCACCACGGAACCGGUGCUCGAGGACACUGCGAUACUCAAGGAGUCGGAUCACCAGUCGCUCAUCCAGCCGUGCGCCGGCGAAGUUAGUCAUGUAUGGAGAUUCAUUCCACCUGUAGCUAUAAGCGUCACGGAUUAAUAUUAUUUAUUUAUUUUUGUAUGCUACCAAUUAUUGUUCAUAUUAAAUAGCUUGACCUUAUUCAAAGCUUAAUAAUAAUGAGAUAGGCUUUCCAUUUUUCGUGCUAUUUCCUACCUUUUUCUUCUCCUUUACUUCCGUUUUACACAGCUACUAGCGCCAUCUGGCGUUUCCCCCCACCAGGCAGUGUUCGCGAUUGCGAACUUCUAGCGUCAUUGGCGUUUUGUUUUUCGUCGAGUGCGGACGGUCUCACUGAACUGCGUACUAAAUUCAGUCGACCGUUAUUUUCGUUCCUACCUACGAUGAUGGAUGAUUCGGAAACAGUGCAAAAUGUGGGGGAAAAUGAGGCGCGUGAUCAACCAGGUCCAUCUAGACCUAGGCCGAGGUCGGAGUCUUCGUCCAGCAGUUCCUCAAGUACGGACUCAUCAAGUUCGGAUUCCUCGAAGCGCAAGCGGAAACGUCGACAUCAUCGGCGCCAUAAACGGAGCAAGCGGGCUAAACGGUCCGAUGCCAGGUUAGAACAAUUAUUUAAAGAAGUGAGUGAUUUACGUUAUCAUUUGGAGAAUAGGAAUAAUAUUGAUUUGGACGAUUG